UACAACAUUGUAAGCAUUAUGUGUAACAUACUAACAAUUCAUUCAUAAUAACAUUUUGUAAUGUUACUAUAAAAGAAAAAUGUUAAAAUAUAAAAUUUACAUGCAUUGUCGUACAUCGAUAAUUGCUGUAUGGGAAUAAUAUUAAAAACCAGAAAAAACAUUAAUGUGUUAGUUACUAAACUUGUACAAAAAAUAAAAAUAUUGAGGAUAAGAAAAUUAAAAUUUUCAAAAUUGUUAUGAGAUGUUAAGACUGGAAUACAUUUUCAUUUUAAUAUUUGGAUUUUCAUUUUAUCAAGUUACUGAAACAGAUACUGCAGUCAGUACAUCUUCAACAGUUUUUGAUUCAGCAGAAGAAUUCGAAAUUUUAGGAAAUCAAUUAAAUGAUAUGCCAUAUUUUACAAAUACAACAGAACGUGAAAUUGUUAGUGUUAUUGGAAGGACAGCUUUUAUGCAUUGCAAAGUAAAAAAUUUGGGCGACAGAGCAGUUUCAUGGAUACGCAAACGCGACUUACACAUCCUUACUAUUGGCAUUAUGACAUAUACAAAUGAUCAAAGAUUUCAAGCGAUGCAUUCUGAUGACACUGAUGAAUGGAUACUUAAAAUAGUUUCAGUUCAACCAAGAGAUUCUGGAAUAUAUGAAUGUCAAGUAUCAACUGAACCUAAAAUUAGUCAAGCAUACCGACUAACCGUAAUUGUUUCCAAAGCAAAAAUAUUAGCAAAUUCUGAAUUAUUCUUUAAAAGUGGAAGUGAUAUUAAUUUAACAUGUAUAGCACAACAAGCACCAGGACCACCAUCAUACAUUUAUUGGUAUAAAGAUGGUGGUUUAAUAAAUUAUUCACAACGUGGUGGUAUUAAUGUCUUAACAGAACAUAUAAUAAAACAGAGUCGAUUGAUAAUUGCUAAAGUGGUGCCAUCUGAUUCAGGGAAUUAUACAUGCAGUCCUAGUAAUGCAAAUUCUGAUAGCGUUUAUGUGCAUGUUAUUAAAAGUGAACAUCGUGCAGCAAUGCAACAUGAAAGUGCAACCAAUUUGUUUGUUCCUGAUUUAUUAUUAAGAAUAUGUUUUUUUUUCUAUAUAUAUAAAUUAUUAUUUGUUGAACUGAAUAUAAUGAAUGAUAUUUAUCAUCAUUUUACUAUCUGCACAAUUAUUGUUACUAUUAUUAUUGUUUUUAUUAUAACGAUAACAUUUAUAUUUAUGACACUAGAUAUAAUAACAAUUCCUAUUAAAAUCAUUGUGCAAUAUUAUGAUAGCAAUAAUAGGAACAGUAACAAUAAUAAUAUUAUACAAUAUUAUAAUGAUAGCAAUAGCAAUAACAAUAAUAAUAAUAGUAAUAAUAGUGCUAAAUAUAGAUAGUCUUACCAAGCAUAAAAACUUUAAUACAUAAAUAUGACAAUAUUGUAAAUAAUCCUCAUCGAUAAACAUAUUGCUAGAAGUAUAUAAGUAUACCUAAAUGUACAUUAAUAUUUGUAUUGAUAAUUUUAAUGUAAAAGUAUUUUGUUAUUGUUAAAUGAAAAAUUCAUAUUGAUUUAAAAAAUAUUUGUAAGUACAUACUUCAAUAUAGAUUUAUUGGUAAUGGUAUAUAAAUAGAAUAAAAUAACAAAAAUAAUAAAUGUAUAUGAUUGGUUGCAGUGCAUAUCACUUGUAAAAUAGGUUGAUACAACAACCAUUACUGCCAUAACUAAAAAACAAAAAAAAAAUUAAAUUUGAAAUAUAAAGUUUGCCAUUUUUUUAUAUAAACUCAUUGCAAUUAAGAAAUUUAUAAAAAUAAUUGUAAAAAUUAAUUUUACUUUAUUUGAUGAAAAUUCAUAGUUAUAGGCUCGACGCUCAAUAAGAACGACAACUAGAACACAAUCAGCUGAUGUCG